CUUCCCCUGAGUGUGAAUGAAGAUUGAUUCAAGAUCUACUAACGAUUCCCUAUUGACACUCACUUUUACCUCAACCUUUCAUUGAAACAGUUUAAGUUUAAUAAUUUGAUCAACAAUUUUAAACGUCAUGACAAUUUAUAAAUUGUUACCUUACAUUCAUCAUAUGAUAAUGGUCAGUUCUAGUUUGAUCAGUUAAAUGGCCACUAGCUUAGUCCAACCGAAAAUCUUUGUGCUUAACCAUCAUAAUUGUGUUAAUUUUUUCAACUGAAUAUUGAAAACAUAAAAAAAUCAGUUAAUUUUUCAUCAUUUCAUCAAACUGUUUCUAUCACUUUUAAUCUGUUCCUAAUAUUUGCCAAUAUUUUUUGAUUGUUUUAUACUCUUUGAAUAAAAAGAUAAUCUUUAUCCUCAAUUAAUUAAAUUGCCUGAAAAUAAUCAGAAAAUGUUCAAGUUUAAUUGUUACUGUGUCAUCAACCCUUCCUUUUAUACUAACUAUUUAUGGAUAUUAUUAAUUCAAUUGACAAUUUUAAUUAAUCCGUUGUCAGCCACAACAAAUAUAAUCUCCAUUGGUGACAAUGGAAACAAUUGUAAUUACACUAAUCCAUUGACUAAUCAUACAAGUCGAUUGCAAUGUGCCACUCCCAAGGUAAACUCAUCUGAUAUUUUGAUUGCUAGUGGCUCGGAAUUGUUUGGUGCUGAACUAAAUGAUGCUUAUCUCGCCGAAAUGGAGAAACAAUAUUUAUCCUCCGAACCAUUUAAUCAAUUGGUUAGGUCGUGCCAUAGUGAAUAUAGUAACGGGUAUCCAACAACACCCAUUGGAAGUUAUGAGAAAAUUCAAGAAGCAAUAACUGCGAUCAUACCUUCAAUUUAUCUCUAUAUUGGUUCGGACACUAUGGUUUAUCGAACGGUUCCUGGUGCUUUGGAAACAUCGAGAUUCGUUGCUCAACUGGCUCAUGAAAGUGAAUUUUUUACACUAAUUACUGAAUAUCUUCUUAAAAUGCAUUGUGCUACUAAACUUGAUUCUGCAAUGAAAUUCCCGAAACUCAAGGUUAAAGGUAAAUUAACUGAAGGCCAAGUGGACAAAUUUGCCGUCAACAGUUGUGGAUAUCGUAAAGAUCAAUUACAAUUUGGCUGUAAUCCAGCGAGUAAAUUUCCCGCCUACGAUGGUUCUUGUAACAAUUUAAUAAAACCGACCUUAGGAAUGGCCUAUUCAUGCCAUCGUCGUUUAAUCCCUCCCGAUUAUGGUGAUGGUGUUAAAAGUUUAAGACUCGCAGCUUCCGGUCAACCCUUACCCAAUGCUCGUUUGAUAUCAAAUGAAAUUUUACCCUCAAUCAACGAAGUUGACCCUGAAUUAACUCAGAUGAAUAUGCAAUGGGGACAAUUUAUGGUACACGAUAUGGUUCGAACACCGAUUACUCUUGGAAAUACUCCUGAAUGUUGUCCACCCUCAACUCUCAACCAUCCUGAAUGUGUAACAAUCUCACCUUUACCCAAAGGCGAUUCAUUAACAUCCAUUUUCAACCAAACUUGCCUUCGAAACACUCGAACUUCACCAUGUCCAAGAUGUAAAUUAGGACCUCGGGAACAAUUAAACGCUGCUCCUCAUGCAUUGGAUUUGUCAAACAUUUAUGGUUACACUUAUCAAGAUAAUUUAGGAUUAAGAUCAUUCAAAGGAGGUAAAUUAGCAACAGCAUUGGAUGAACAAGGAGGUGAAAUAAUGACCACAGCGGAGGGAAACUUUGACCCACUGGCCAUUCAAGCUUGUAAUGUACCACCGCAGUUUCCUAAUUUCAUUUGUUUCAAAACUGGUGACGGGAUUCGUGGUAAUCAACAUCCAUCAUUAACAGCGUUACAAACAAUUAUGAUUCGUCGUCACAAUCAGCAUACUGAUGGAUUAGCGGCCGUUAAUCCUCACUGGUCAGAUGAGACCUUAUUCUGGGAAGCUCGUCGUUUACUGACCGCUGAAUAUAAUCACAUAUCUUUCGCUGAAUAUUUUCCAACCCUUUUCGAUCCUGAGAUAUUAUCUUAUUUCAAUCUUAAUCCAGUUAAAUCAGGUUAUUCUAAAUACGAACCUGAAACUGAUUUCUCAACAAUCUCUGAAUGGGCCACUGCUGCUGGACGGUUUGGUCAUUCUCAAGUUAACGAUGUUUUCAUGGUUAAAAAUGGCCCCGAUUCGAAGAGCUCAUUUUCAUUCCGAUUGAAAGAUGUUUUCUUUGAAAUGUCACUGAUCCAUUUGGGACAAACUGACGGGAUUAUCCGUGGAUUAAUCUCAGAACCAGCAUUCGAGGUUGACCCUUUCUUCAUUGUCGAUGUUAAAGAUUUUCUUUACCAAAAUCCUAAUCGUACAACUGGAUUAGAUUUACUGGUCGCUAAUAUAAUGAGAGGUCGUGACCACGGAAUACCUGGUUACGUUAAUUACCUUGAUUACUGUUUUGGUUACAAAGCUAAUGAUUGGCCUGAUCUUUACGAGUACAUCCCACAAACUCAGGUUCAUAAUCUUCAACGUAUCUACAGGGAUGUUCGAGAUGUUGAUCUAUUCGUUGGAGGAGUUUCUGAACGACGAGUACCCGGAAAUGCUAUGGGUCCAACUUUCUCAUGUAUUAAUGGAAUCCAAUGGUAUCAUUCAAAGUUCGGUGACCGUUACUUUUAUGAACAUGGUGGUCAAGCUGGUUCAUUUACUCCUGAACAAUUAUCGAAUAUUAAAAAGACUACAACAUUGGCUCGAAUUAUUUGUAGAACGACACAAACUGGUUACCUUAAUCGUGAAGUUUUCCGUCUUCCAUCAGCAUCCGGUAAUCCGACAGUUAAUUGUCGCGAUUUACCUGAAAUUGAUUAUUACCUUUGGGCUGAUCCUCAUAAAAAAAGUUCAGCAAAAAUAGUGAAUUUUCCUAUUAUAGCAUAUUCUCAUUUAAGAGAAUAUCUUAUUAAUAAAAUGAAAGUUUUCCAAUUCUCAAGUUCCACCAUCGUCAUUGUGAUUGUAACUAUUUCCAUGUUGAUUGAAAAAAGUAAAGGUUCUGAUAUUGAUGGUGAAAGUCAACUCGUAUUCCAUCAGGGGCGUACAUCCGAAAAACCUGAAACCGAUUUCUCGAUAAUCUCUGAUGUUUUGAUGAAAGAUUUUCUUUACCAAAAUCCUAAUCGUACAACUGGAUUAGAUUUACUGGUCGCUAAUAUAAUGAGAGGUCGUGACCGCGGAAUACCUGGUUACAUUAAUUACAUUGAUUACUGUUUUGGUUACAAAGUAAAUGAUUGGCCUGAUCUUUACAAGUACAUCCCACGAACUCAGGUUCAUAAUCUUCAACGUAUGUACAGAGAUGUCUAUGAUAUCGAUCUAUUCGUUGGAGGAGUUUCUGAACGACGAGUACCCGGAAAUGCUAUGGGUCCAACUUUCUCAUGUAUUAAUGGAAUCCAAUGGUAUCAUUCAAAGUUCGGUGACCGUUACUUUUAUGAACAUGGUGGUCAAGCUGGUUCAUUUACUCCUGAACAAUUAUCGAAUAUUAAAAAGACUACAACAUUGGCUCGAAUUAUUUGUAGAACGACACAAACUGGUUACCUUAAUCGUGAAGUUUUCCGUCUUCCAUCAGCAUCCGGUAAUCCGACAGUUAAUUGUCGCGAUUUACCUGAAAUUGAUUAUUACCUUUGGGCUGAUCCUCAUAAAGCUUAAUUUGUACGAAAUACAAAUUUAAAGUUAUAUAUUUUUACUUGUUGGUCUAAUUUAAAUGAUUAGAAACAAGUUAAUUGUUAAUAAUAAUUUCAUAUUUUUUUACAUAUUUCAAACCUAAUAAUAUCCAUAAAUAUCUAUAUCAUAUAUUGUCAACCACGAUGAUUAGAAUAAUAUUUCUCCAUUUUAUCUGAAUGACUUUAAUUUGAUUCUCUAUUGAGGAUUGAUUUAUAUUUUUGUUGUCGUUUCAACCAGAAAAAAUGGUUUCCAUCAUCAAAAACAAUUAAUCUUCUCUAGUUUAACAAUUAACGUUAGAUUGUCACACAAUCCGAUCACAGAAUUGUUGAUAUAAGUGUUACAUGUAAAUAGACAAUAUAUUGUAAUGAUGAACAAAUAAAGUUAUUCAAGUUG